UUAGGUAACUUCAUUCAGUUGCUUGUUUCGUACGGCAGUGUGAGUAUGUGUAACAGAGUUCAAAGAAUUAGAAACUUUCGGUUCUGACUAUUAUGAUUUUUGGCAUAAAAGUGUAGGAGCCACAGAUUUUUGGAAGUGAACUCUGGUCAUCAAGAGCAUUUGCUGUGAGCAUGGUGUACUGAAGUGUCAUUUCUGUACUUACAUUAAAAUUUCUAUAACUUUAAAUCAGUACUGAAUAUGAGCUCUCUGCAGCAGUCAAGCCGAUUCAUCCCAUUCACCAGUAGUUCUCAAAGGACACAACUUUUACCUGGCCAAGCUGGUCAUCCAGGUGCUGGAUUCUCUCAGAGUUUGAGUGGCAGCGAGACAGAUGUGUCAACAUCCAAUGAGAAUCUGAGCCAUGAAGAGCGCUAUGUGAUUCGACAUACGGCACGUCAGGAGCCCCAGGGCCAAGAGAACCUUAGCUCAAAUCGUAGCAGUCUUGAUGUAUCUUCUUCUUCAUAUAAUACGCUCAUCAUUCAUGGAGCAGGCGAUGAACCCUGGACUGGCAGGUUAUCAGGCAUUCGUGAUCUUCAAGACACGGGUACACCAGGUUACUUGAACUCGCAUCCAGGAAUUUAUACAGCUGAAACUGGAAAGGCUAUUGUUCAGGGUCAGAAAAUGGGUUCCCAUUCUCCCUCUCCAUCGUUGGGAGGAAACAAGGAGCCUUCUACACGUGUCAAUUUUGAUACUACCUCAGGUCGGAAUUUUGAUCCCAGUGUUCGAGAAAUUACAGACAUUCCUGAUGACUACCUCAACCAAUCACAGGUCCUGAAGCAUUUAGCAAAGGAAGUAAAGGUUGUUCCAUCAGUAUCCAGUGGGGCUAAUGGAAGGGAUUCAUCUGCUCCGUUGGUUGAAGAUGGAGAGUCUUCCAUGACUGAGAAUCCAUGCUUGUCAGACCAGUUGAAGCGGUUGUCACUUUCUCGUGUAGGCCCAGGUGGCAGCAGUGUGAAGGAAAUGCCUGUUAAACUAGAUCACGACUCUCUCCUACCUCUAGACUAUGGCCUCUCGAAUCUGCCACCUCCACCUGAGUAUCCAAAAUGGAUGGGGUCAUCUUCACCUCUGACAGUGGUACAGAGGCAUAAAAUGAUUCCUCACUCCAGCAUCACACCAGAGAAACUUAGUUUAUCACGAUCUCAACCUGAUCUGUCACGUAUAGGCACAGGAAAGGUUGUGACGGAUGUGAUUGGAUGCUUGGGUGUUGCCACCAGUCCAAGGCCAAAGACUCAUGGCCGUGAGGAUGUUGAAUCUCAGGGAAGGGAGAUGUGGCCUCCAGCUGAGAUGGUGGAGAUACUGAUGCAAGAGAACAGCUCGUUAAAGGCUGAACUCGAAACAUGCUACCAGAAAGUUUCCAAAUCACAGAAGCUGGAACAGGAGGUAGGAAAGGUUCAUCGUGCACAUGAGGAACUUGUUCAAGCAUCAGAGCGACGUGAGCAGUUGGAGAGAUCUGCUAGGGCACGUUUACAAGGCGAACUUCGUAGGGUGCAAGAAUUGAACAGGGCUCUACGUGAGCAGUUGGAACUUUUGUCAACACAAUUGCUCACAGGUCGACCACAAAAUCAAAGUGAUUUGCCUGAUAUAGCAACUGAGAAUCUCCGGAAAGAGCUUGGAAAACGUGAAAUCUUCAUUGCCCAACUCAUUACACAAAAUAAGGAACUUGUUGCUGCGAAAGAGAGGCAAGAAAUUGAGCUAGCAGCACAGCGUGCAACACUUCAGGAACAGAGGACACAUAUAGAUAUCCUUGACACUGCCUUAACAAAUGCUCAGGGAAAUGUGGUCCGACUAGAAGAGGAGUGUCGCAAGAAACAGAUGUAUGUUGAGCGAGUAGCACAGUUGCAGAGAGCAUUAUCAUCGCUGCAGUUGGCAAGUGAUCGAAGAGAACAAACAGAACGAAAGCUUCGAUUACAAUUGGAAAGAGAACUUCAUAAUGAACGAGCUCGAGCGGGAGGGGGAGGUACGGAUGAAGGUGAUACUGGUUCAGGUGGAAAUGGAACAAAUGGUUCUCAGAAUGGGGCACAGUCGGGGGAGACAGCGCCUGAACUGAAACGCAAGCUGCGUGAGCGUGAUGAAAAGAUUAUGAGGCUUGAAGGAGAAGUAGCUAAGUGGGAACAGCGAUACUUGGAGGAAAGUGCACUCAGGCAGGCAGCUAUUGAUGCGGCUAGCAUUCCAAAGGACGCGAAGAUUGCUGCCCUAGAAAAGACAAGUCAAGAGACAGAGAAAUUGAUUGCUGAAGCCCGAUCAGAGAAAAUGAGGCACAUGGAUGAAGUAUAUGUUGCCCAGAAGAAGGUGGCUGACCUUGAGUCAAGAAUGAAGGAUCUUGAAUCAAAGCUUGCAGAACGUGAUGCAAUGAUCCGAGUUCUUCAGAAGCAUACGUAUGACAAAGAUGUCUCAUCAUCUUCCUAUCAAAGCAUGUUAGGACGUUCACCUCAUCACACACCUCAUCCUAGUUUGCGUGGUAAUUCAGAUCUAGGAGCUGUACUUGGGACAUCAGUUUCUAGAGAGCAGUUAGAUCCUGUAUCAACAACCGGUGUAUUCUCUACAGUGAGCAGUGUGCUAACUAGUAGCUGCAGUACAGGCAUCAGUUCAUAUGCUAGUAGUGACUCCGGAGCAUACCACCAUCCUUUGGGCACCAGCUACAGUGCACGCAAGUAUGGCAGUACCACUAAUAAGAGUUUUGAUGACACAAAGAAGUCUUUGGAUGAUCAACUGAAAGAGCUGGACUCUCAGCUUGACUCCCAGCUUCUCAGUAAGCGGGGUCUUUGCUGUUUUCCAGGAUUCUCUAAUACAAGCACUACGCCGCGAAAAGGAAAACUACCCAAGCCAUUACUGGCGGGUGUAAGGGGUGCAUCACCUCAUCAUCAUUUAUUUGAACCUGGUUUCCUGCAAGGUUUAGUACCUAAUCGUUAUGAACAGGGACGACCUGAGGAAAUUCUACUCUUGGAGAAGCAAGGCCGCAGUUCACAGCAGCAACGGAUGCAAGAAUCAUGUUUGGGAGGAGGCCCCACAAAUAAUCGUAACCGGUCAGGUAGCCUUCCUCCUAGUUCCUUGCCACGACCCCGGCGAGCACAUAAACCUGCAGGAAGCAGCAAGGAUCGUCGAUUAGGGGAAUAUGGCCGACUCAGUGAUGGUGAAGGUAGGAAGACACCUGGCAUGUCAUGUGAAGGAUCAGAUGCAACUGGACCAAAGGGCCGGGAAUCACCAGCACGUUCCCACAUCCCACCUCCAAGGAAGUUAGGCGAGUAUGGGCGUCUGAGUGAUGGUGAAAGCCGUUCCAUUGGAAAGGCUAGUAGUACAACAAGGGUAGGCCAGGGAGGAGCCACGAAUGGAGCAAAGGCUGGAGGAGAUGACUCAAAAUUAAGGCUGAUUCCUGGUCCUCGUACCAGGAGGGGUUCUUCCCUUACAAGGGAUAAUAAACCGAGUUCUGCUGACAGCAGUAGUGCCAGGUCUGUGGCAAGCACUGGAUCUUCCUUAAGCAGUCGGUAGUCAAUCAAGUUGUUUAAGGAAUUUCUGGUUAUGGAACUUCAGUAUUCAUCACCAUCAUCAGAUAGGUCCACAACUGGAUCCUCUCCUGAGCCAACUGAAUCCAGGUCAUAUCUUCACACCUAUAUAAGCCUUAUUUUUAUAAAUAUAUCUCUUGGUGCGUAGUUAUGUAACAUUAUGAUUGUUGUUUUAUUUAACACUAUUUGGCAGCUGCGAUGUUAAUGUUGUACUGAAUGAUUAUGAAUAAUGAAAGGGACAAUGCAGGAAGCAGUAUGAAGUAAAGUAGUACCUGAAUUAACAUUCUAAGUUAGAACUAUUCUUAAUUUUGCAGUUCUCAGUAUUACUCUUGUUGAUAUUAUUAUUUUCAGAAAUUCAGGUAAUAGUUUGAUAUAUCCAUUCAGUUGCCUUGAAGGAUUGAAGAAAGCCACAGGAAACAUCAGGAUAUCUAGUCUCUGUUGUGAGAUUCAGUCACAAGGCCUCCUGGAUAUGAAUCUGGAGUAUGAACAGUUACACAUGUCAUUGGUCCAUGUCAUUUUCAUAAUUCAUAAUUUAUUUUAUUGUCUGAUAAGAGUGUACAUCUUGUAACAGCCAGAGGAUGUUGUAAGUUGUGGUUGUUUGAUUAACUUCCAUUAAAUGUGAGAAAGUUCGUUUGAGAAGUGAGGUACAGUUUUGUGUUUGAUGGUGAGUAUGUUAUGUUCCUUUUUAAAGCAGACAGUGCACUUCAUAAUGAAAAAUUACUUUUUAUCAUUUAUUCUACAAUCAGUGUACUGCACUGGACAAAUUAAAACUAACUCUGACAUAAUGAAGAACUAAA